AUGAACAUUGGAGUGGCAAUCACAAUAUCAGUGCUCACUGCAAACUAAAUCCAAAAACUAAAGGAAACCGUACCUGAUUAAGAAAGUGUGAGACUUCUUAUCUCUUAUAUGAUCUUCCACUGCAUUAGCUAUUGGUUACUCUCCUUGUUUGAGAUCACCAUAGGCUGUUUCAAGCUCGUCCUGUUACUCGCUUUUGGAAUAUUAUUUUGGCCUUGUGUGAUUCUUUAUUACAAAAAAUACGGAAGACCUACAAGAAACUUUAAUAGCAUAAGAAAUAAUAGGCCUUCUGAUGAAGUGUAAUUAGCCACUCUUAAGAGUUUGAAUAAGCAAUAGAUGAAGAAAUUUUUGAAAAUAGUAUUUUUCAAAAAGAAGCAGGAAGCAAUUAAAUCGCUAAAAGUUGAAUUGUAGAGUUGCGCCAUCUGCUUGGAGCCUUUUAAUGCUGAGGGAGAAAUCAUCGAGCUAAGCUGCAAUGAAGGGCAUGUAUUUCACUUUAAAUGCCUAUAAGAUUGGGCAAUUAGACAGUAAAAUUGUCCGCUUUGCAGGAAAGAUCUCAUUGAUGAGGAUAAUGUUAACUCUAUUAUACUAGAGGUUUAGGGGCAAAGCAAAGAUGAUUAUAAUAAUCUAGAGGAUUCUCAAAAGAUAAAUCUUAAGUAGUAUGAAUUAAAUCCUAAGAAUUUAAGAAAUUUACCUGCGGAGGAGAGGAAACAGAUUCUUAAUGCGUUUAACAUUUCGAUGUUUGAAAGUUAAUCAAUCAAUGAGAGUUCAAUGAAAAUAAUCAAUGAGGAUACCUCAAGAUAGCAAUCCCCCAGGAAUAAUGGGAGAAACUCAAGGGAACAGAUUAUUGCUUUACCAGAGCCAGUUUUAGAUCCAUUAUAAAGAUUGCCACAUUAGGCAGUAGUAGUUCCGGAGAGAGAAAGACCAGCUAAUUUUCUGAUACAAAAUGUGCAGAACUAAGAGCCAAGGAGUCAUCAUUCUGCAUUAUUAAAAUAGAAAACAAAAAAGAAGAGAUCUAGAAAGAACCUUGAUGAGAGUCGAUCAUAAUCAUAAUCGAGAGAUGAAUAAAGAAAUAAUCCUUAAUAGUAGCAAAUAAUUCGAGCUAUGAAUGAAUUCAAGAACUAGACAAGAAGUAGGCUAAAUUAAUAGGAUAGGGCCACGAAUAAGAAUAUAGCUUUCCACCAAGUAAACUACGAUUAGGCUGAAGAUGAUUCUCAAAUCACUAAUGAUGUUAUUACAAGUGCCCAAUAGAGGUUUGACUAUCCUUAGCCUAAAAUAACAAGAAUAAGAAAACCGAGUAGCAAAAACAAUAAGAUGGAUGGACAAGUAUUUGAUAAGGAAUAUGCAAAUAAAGAAUAAGAUCAAAGAGAGGAACAAAAGUAGAAUUAUAUAAAGAGCAAGAUAAUAUAGAAGCGUCAAAAAUAUGUAUAGAAUGAUUAGGAAGAGGAAAAAGAACAAGAAAGUUAAACGGGAAAUUCUCAAUGA